AUGCAUACAUUCAGUAUUCAUUACAUUCAUCCCUAUAUAUUCGGUGAAAUUAGCGAUAAAUCGAUCUGUGAGAACCUAGAGAAGAGGUAUAGGGACAACUGGAUCUUCACCUACAUCGGUCCUGUUCUCAUCUCCGUCAACCCCUUCAAGAACAUGUCCUACUUCACCCAGAAGGAGGUCGACAUGUACCAAGGAGCGGCUCAGUAUGAGAAUCCUCCACAUAUUUACGCUAUAGCAGAUAAUAUGUACAGACACCUCACUACAGAUAAUGAAAACCAGUGUGUGAUGAUAUCGGGAGAGUCUGGAGCAGGGAAGACUGUGAAUGCAAAAUAUAUCCUGGAUUAUAUAAAUACUGUAUCAGGGGGUGGAGAUAGAUCAACCCAUGUUAAGGACGUUGUAAAGUAUUCAAAUCCUCUUCUAGAAGCAUUUGGAAACGCUAAAACUUUGAGAAACAAUAACUCUUCAAGAUUUGGAAAAUAUAUCGAGAUAUUCUUUAACUCUGGUCAACCUGCAGGAGGAGAAGUUUCAAACUUUCUUCUAGAGAAAUCCAGGGUUGUUCUACAGAAUCCUGGAGAGCGGAAUUUUCAUAUUUUUUAUCAAAUGGUGAAAGGUUCAAGCAGAGAUUUCAAGGAUAUCUGUGGAAUAUCUGAUGAUCUGGAUUACUACGGAUACUUGGAGAACACUGAGUCCAGUGCUCCUGGUAUAGAUGAUACCAAGGACUGGAAUGAAGUUCUCAGUGCAAUGGAAACCAUGAACAUGUCUCGGGAGGAUCAGCUGGAUGUGAUAUCUAUUGUAUCUUCAAUCCUUCAUCUGGGAAAUAUUUCCUUCUCUGAAGGACAGAACGAGGUUGCAAGUGUAUAUCUCCAGGAUAGUUUAGAUACUCCGUCCCAGCUUCUCCUGGUAGACCCUGGAUCACUAAACCAAUGUCUUGUAACUCAUAUUAUGGAGACCAACGGAGAAGUGAUAAAUGUUUCCCACAGUGUUCAGCAAGCUGAACAGACCAGAGAUGCGCUUAGUAAAGCAUUGUACAGCAGACUCUUUGAUUAUCUUGUUCAGAGAAUCAACGUAGCAAUGAAGAACAGUGGAGGCACUAGCAGUAUGCAUAGCCUUGGUAUUCUUGACAUCUACGGAUUCGAGAUAUUUGAAAAGAACGGGUUCGAGCAGUUCUGCAUAAACUUCGUCAACGAGAAGCUCCAGCAGAUAUUUAUAGAGCUGACUUUAAAGAACGAGCAGGAAGAAUAUAAGCAGGAGGGAAUACAAUGGAAAGAGAUAAAUUACUUUAACAACAAGGUGGUCUGUAACCUAUUAGAGAGUAGAUCUCCUCCUGGUAUAUUCGAGUGUAUUGACGAGAUCAGUAUCAUCUAUGCCAAGGUACAAGACAAAGCUGAUGAUAACUUGAGAAACAUGCUAAGAAAGAAUUUCACCAGUAAUCAAUAUUUUGCAGAUGCUAGUAAUGGGUUUAUAAUCUGUCACUAUGCUGGGGAGGUGAACUACAACUCUGCCGGGUUUAUCGAGAAGAACAAGGAUAUUCUCUUCCUGGACCUCAUCAAGCUCAUGAAGGGAUCCGCCAGUCAUCUAGUCAAAUCACUCUUCAAGGAGGAGGUUGAGAAAACGAGAAAGCGUCCAACAACUGCUGGAUCCAAAAUAAAAACUCAAGCUAAUGAACUUGUAAACAAACUCAUGUUAUGUACUCCACAUUAUGUCAGGUGUAUUAAACCUAAUGAAACAAAGCAACCAAAGGAUUGGGAGGUGGAAAGAGUAAUGCAUCAGGUUGGAUAUCUAGGAUUGACGGAGAAUAUCCGCGUAAGAAAAGCCGGGUUUGCGUACAGGAGAUUAUUUGAGAAGUUUGUUCUUAGAUAUUCAAUUUUGACUUCUGAAACCUGGCCCCCAGGAUCCUAUAGAGGGGAUACAAGGGGAGCUGUAGAACAUAUUCUUAGAUCUGUGAACAUGCAGAGGAAGGAAUAUGAGAUGGGUAAAACUAAACUGUUUAUCAAAGCUCCUGAAUCAUUGUUCCUUUUGGAGGAAGUCAGAGAAAGGAAGUUUGAUCAUUUUGCCAGGGUGAUUCAGAAUAAAGUUGUGGGAGGGGCUCCAAACUCCCCCCCAGAUAUAUUCUUUAAGAAGAAGGAGCGCAGGAAGCAUUCUUUGAAUAGAAACUUUUUCAGUGAUUACAUCGGGUUGGACAAUAAACCUGAGUUGAGAGCUUUAGUUGGUAAACGUGAGAAGAUAGAGUUUGCACAGACUGUAGAUAAAUUGGAUCGGUAUUUCAAGAUGACGAAAGUUGAUUUGAUAUUGACAGGGAAGAAUCUGUUUCUCAUAGGAAGAGAGAAAGCGAAGGGGAAAAACAAGAAGGAUUCAACAGUUGAAGUGAUGAAACGAGAAAUUCCUAUUUCGCAGAUUUCAAAAAUUUCCCUGUCUUCGCGUCAAGAUGAUUUUGUGAUAAUUCAUGUUAAAGAUGAUUAUUCUUCAUGUCUUCAGAUUAGAUUAAAAAGUGAGUUUGUAACAACACUUCUGAGAACUGGAAAAGAAAAGUUUGCAAAAUCUAUUCCUAUUCAGUUUAACGAUAUAAUUGAUUUUGAAGUGAAGAAAGGAGAGAAGAGAAAGCUCUCCUUUAUCCUUGGAACAGGAGAUAAAGCAAUUCUGAAACAUGGACGAUUCCUGCCUAAGGAGGCUACAGUAGAGAUAGGACGGGGAGAACCAAACACAAGCAAACCCAGGAGUCUAGAUAACAACAACCGUAAAGGUUUGACCGGGCGGCGAGGUGGAACGGGCAAAACGGGGUUUCAAGGAAACGGUCAACACAGAGGAGGAGGAAGAGGAGGAGAAGGAGGAGGAAGAGGAGGAGGAGGAGGAGGAGGUGUAGGGUGGGUUGGGCAUGGGGUAGGAGGACGAGGAGGAGGAGUAUCACAGAGAGGCUCUGGUUUUGGUGGAAGAGCUGGGUUUAAAGGAAAUGGCCUCCAAAGAAGAGAUGAAGGGUCUGAAAAUGAAUAUGCUCGAAAACCUGAACGACGAUCAAUCAAAAUGACUAAAAGAUCAGAGCUGGCGCGAAGUCAGGCUCGGAGAGAAACCAGUGAGGCUCGGCGAAAUGUUGAUAUUUCCAUACUUAGUGUUCCAAAACUAGCUGCAGGCCAUAUACACAGGCAGAACGUGAAGCAGGAUGAGAAGCCUGCCUUAAAACCUAAACCUUCAAAUAGAACACUGGUAUCCAGAGUUCGGGUCAAAUAUGAUUAUGAUGCUCAGGAUCAGGACGAAUUAACAAUAAGAGUUGGAGAUAUUAUAAUAGUUAAAAACGAAGACGCUUCCGGCUGGUGGACCGGUCAGCUUAAUGAGAAGAAGGGAUUCUUUCCGGCCGACUAUAUAGAGAAGAUAUAAUCCUGUACCUAUAUAGAACCCUGACUUAUAGAAUAUUUGGAGCCGGAAAGAAAAAUUGUGAAUUUAAAUAAUAAACACACAUGUU